AUGGUCACAGUGCACUCGCAGAGUUGGAAGUAUUCGAGGCUGGAUGCGAUCUUUUUAACGGGAGCAAACGCCAAUGAAGUAAGCCACGCAACAACAGAAGCAAGCCACGCAACAACAGAAGCAAGCCACGCAACGACAGAAGCAAGCCACGCAACGACAGAAGAAAAUAACGCAACAACAGAAGCAAGCCACGCAACGACAGAAGCAAGCCACGCAACGACAGAAGAAAAUAACGCAACAACAGAAGCAGGCAGCGCAACAACAGAAGCAGGCAACGCAAAAACUGGGAAAGUUUAUGCAAAACCUCCGUCAAGUAAUGUAUUUUCAAUUGUAGGAAUCAUAGGUGCCAUACUAGUUGCUUUAGCUACGUGUGUUUUGGUGGUUAUGCUUUUGAAAAAGAGAAAAAAGAAAGAGGAAGAGGAAGAGAGAGAAAGCAAAGACGCGCAGUCGGAAGCUUCGCCUGAAGAAGAUGAAUUGUAG